CCGCCAACUUGUCCAAUAUGUCUACCGCCGUCGAUGAGCAACAGCCUCUCCUCGAUCCCGAAGCGCAAUCAACCUCGAGCAUCCCAAAUCCAUCAUUUCGCGAACGUCUGGCCGCCCUUGUCGAGUCGAAUCCAUUCCACAAGACGGUAAUUGCCUUGAUUAUUAUUGAUACAGCUUGCGUGCUUGCAGACCUUGGCUACACUUUUAUUAACUCCUGGAUGCAGACCUCCUGGUCCAGAAGGGCCGGCUUGGCUCGAAGUUCUCUCAACUGUGUCUCUCAGCAUCUCGGGUUUCUUCCUGUUCGAAGUUCCGCUAACACUCUACGCCUUUGGUCUGAAACAUUAUAAUCCCUUUGGAGAUAUACCUCAUGCCGCUCUGCAUCUUUUCGAUGCAUUCAUCAUACUUACCACGUUUGUUUUGGAGGUCGCACUUAAAGGCCGCGAAAGGGAACUUGCUUCCCUCCUCAUCGUACUUCGUUUAUGGCGUUUGGUCAAGUUGGUUGGAGGCGUCGCGGUCGGUGCGGGUGAAAUCGAAGAGGGUGAUGCAAAGGAGUUAGCAAAAACACAGAGACAAUUAGCCAGUGUGCAAAAUCAAAUCGUCGUUCUAAAGGAGGAGAAUGAGAGCCUACGAGCUAGACUGCAUUCAGUAGGGUUGUCGGUCGAGGACUUGUAAACAUAACGACGAAUGAAAAGAUGUCUUAGGAGUAUAUUUAGUAGACAGUAUUAAGUUAUAAAUAUAGUACAUCGAAGCUAUACUGUAUUUCCUACAUUGUACUUUCAUAGAAGUGGUCUCGUCCGCACAUCAAAAUAAAUCAGUCCAUGAGUCCAUGUCCAUUAAAUAGACAUUGGGGUGACAACUAGUGUCCCACACCGAAGCCCUUGAGAGCCUCUGCGCUCAUCCACUUGGAGAUGCGAGGAAUAGGGAUAGGUUUAUCGUGAUCCUCCACUUCGCUAGGAAAGGAGGUCGGGUUGUUGGGGGGUCGGGUGAUGGUCAAAUCGCAAAUUCGCUCAAUAAAGCGUGAUCCCCCUUUUACUUCGGCUUUGAGAGGUGGAGUAACAUGCUCGGUAGAAACGGACGAGCGUGGUGUCUUAUCGCGCCUCAUAAACGGUGGAUCGACACCUCUACGUUGAGAAAUUGGAGCCCAAGCCGGUUUCUCGGAAGGAGAAAGGGUAUGCCUGGCUUUCCGGGCGGCUGUGGAUUCUAUAUCCUCCAGAUAAAGGGUCCAUGAAUCGUUUUCGUAUCCGGAUUUAGGUCUAGGUCCACUUAUAUCUGUAGUUUUGAUCUUGACGUUUGAGAAACCGAACCACUUGAUGGUGUAGAUGCUUGAUCUCCACACCUCCGGUUCAUGGCGAGCGUGUAUCAUUGCUGUGAUCAAGAUCGUGAAGAAAUAGGCCAG